UUAUUCUUUAGAACCGUCGCACAUCCGGGCCGCUUAGCAUUGUGUCAAGCUAACUGCUUUUCUAGUUGCCUAUUUUAUUUCUACCAUCAAAAAGACAAAGAAAAAAAACUUGAAAAACUCCACCUUCUUCACAAUCUAUCGAAAUGUCAUCUAAAGUAUACCAAAACGGGAAACCACAUAGUAAACGAACAGACCUGGAGAGUUUUUAAAGACAGUACUAAUCGAGUUGACCCUGAAAGGUGGAAUGACCGAGAGAGGGAAGGCAUAACACAAGUUACACGAGAAUUCGUCUUGGCUGUUGUUGAGCAAUUUACAAAAAGUAACUAAUAGAAGCUAAAUGCGCAUAACAAUUACUUCCCACAUAAAUAAUCCUAUAUUUAUUUAGGUUAGCCAUAUAACAAUGUCAUGCUGGGGAAUCUUUAUUCGGAGACAAUACCAGUUCUCCUCGCUGCUAAAACGGCAUCAGCUCAACAUCCAACCAAUGUGCCAUCAGAGAGGAUUCCAUAAAACGACUGCUGUCAAGACAUUUGAUGUGAGAAAAGUGGAGUUAACGCCACUGGAACAGAGGAAACUCACGUUUGACUCCCAUGCGCUCGUGAAAGAGCUGGAAUCCAGCGGCUUUGAGAAGAGGCAGGCAGAAGUGAUUGUCACAGCACUGGUGACUCUUACUACAGCCAAUAUGGACAUUGUAUACAGAGAUAUGGUCACUGGAGCCCAUCAGGAAAUAGCUCUACAACAAAUCAUGGCUCAUUUAGACGCUAUCAGGAAAGACAUGGUUAUCCUGGAGAAGAGUGAAUUUGCCAAUUUACGCUCCGAAAAUGCUUUUAGAGAACAACAUGGGAGAAAUGCACAACUACAUAGAAUUAGAGUUUGAUUGUUGAGAUUAUUAAAUGGUUGAAGUUGGAUCAAAAAUACUGGCACAGAAAACAAAAAUCAAGCCCUUAUGGGGAAGUCCAUUGGUUGCAGUUAAAAAAAGAAAAAGAAAAAAAGUUCCUCAAACAGAUCCAUCAAAAAUCAGGGAAAAGUUCCUCAGAUGCAGGAAUGAAAAAUAUCCAUGUCCCAGGUAAAAAAAAAAAAAAGUUGGAAAAAAUAUUGAAAAACUUCUUCAAUGUUCACUCUUCAAGCUCAGUCCAUCAAGCAGAAAAUAGUUUUAAUGUUGUCAGUGCAAUUCAGUUUCAGUAACUGGUAUCAUUUUUUUAGCAAGAAGCCCAAGUCCUUUCAAUUGAAAAAUAAAUGAAGGAUUAAAGCUUUUUUCACUUGUAUUUUUGUACUUGACCAGGAAUUCAACUCAGGGAUCCAUUUAAAUUCAAGUUUAGAUUUGAUCUUCAAUUUGGGUUAAAAAAAAUGAAACACUUGGUCUUUACAUUUUACAUGAGUCCAUAAAAUGAUUGACAGGUUGUAACCAACAAGCCCCAGUGCAAAGAGAAGCACAGUUUUGCAAAAUUCUGCAAUUAUUUUGUGAAGUAUUUGUUACACAUUCAGCUUUGGAAUGUCAUCGGAAAGGACACUGCACCAAUGCAAAUGUCUUUGUAUUAAAGAGCAUUUAAAUUAGAAUGACAUCAAUAUAGCCAACAUUACCACAAAAAAAAUACACUGGGAAAUAAAGACAAAAGGACAUUUCACAGUUUAUUGUCACAGUUGUAUACCAUUUAUUAACAUUGCAGUAAAGAAUGGAAAAUUACCCAGCAAUCUAACACCCCAAACCCUUUAUUGGUUCAAGUACACAGGAAUUUGAAUGGCGCACAUUUGUAUU